AUGACAAAUGAAGGAAGUAAUCAUGGGGUUGUUGCACUGAUCCAAGGAGAGAUGGAGGAUGAGGUAGACGCUAACGUGGAGAUGCUUGGGACGUCUGUCGUCGCCGAUCGCGCGUCCAUGGUGCUAUCUGAUGUGGGGGCGGCUAUGGUAGAGGAACAAGUUGUUAUGGAUCAUGAUGGGCAAGUAGCCCUUUGCAAUGGGCAAGCAACUCAUGUGCUGGGCGAGCAAGGUGGGACGAAGGAAAGAACGAGGCGUUGGACAGGACAGCCAUCUAGGCACUACACUGAGCGGUCUCGGAGUGCACAAUUCCGUGUGAUGGGGCAAAGGUGUGGGCAGAGGAAGGUUCUGGCAUCUGGUGUGCUGGGCAGCCCAUUAGGCGAAGGAAAAGAGAGGGAGGAGGAGCCCCUGGGCGCUGCUUCCAUGCGCAGGACAGCUAGGCGUGUUGUUCAGGCGUUGGGCAACCAUGGGGAUUCCUUAGGCAAGCCUGAGGUUGCCUUAG